AUUUAAUCGACGUAAAACUCGCAAAACUCUUCAGUAUAUUUUCAACCUUUACUGUCUUCACGAUGAAAGGCCCCAAGUUAUAUGCACUGGCUACUUUGCUUUAUAUCUCCUUGUUUCUAACACUUGAGCUGGCACUGUGUAGCUCCCUUCCUUCCGCCUCUGGCGUACAUCACAGCAGUGAUGACGAAUCUGACAGUCUCACAAAGCCUUUGCUGAGCAAAUCACGGUCUAGAAGUAGUAGCCCUUCGCCACCAAAGCGAUCACCAGCACCUGCACCUGCACCAGCAACUUCAAAAGGAGCAAGUAUUACAUCGGUAUAUGCACAUCAUAGAGCAUUGAUGUAUACGGCAGCAUCUGAAAGAUCGAAACGUGAGAUGCAUGCCCGAAACAAAAGAAGACAAAGGCAAUUUUUCGAGUCAAAAGCUGCUGAAAGAGCAGAAAGAACAGGCAUUUCGCCCUCUCGUGGUCGCCGGUUCGAGAAUACUGCUAGAGCUGUAAUGCCUCCUUCUCCUACUGGCUCACAUCCUAGUGCAUCAUCUUCAAGCAAUUCUGCGGGAAACACAUCAGAGCACUCUUCUCAUCCUGGAACUAGAAGUGAUCGUCUGCGUGGAUACAUACCACCCACUCUAAGGGAAGUGGGAGUAGAGCCUGCGUCUACACAAUCAGGCCGUCAGCAAGCUGCAUCAUCAUCAUCACCUGCUGCUGCUGCUGCUGCUCAUGUAAAUGGCAAAAAACCAAGUGAUGGCAGUCCACCAACAUCUCCUUCCCGUCACAGUCCCAAACGAUCUCAAGGCAAAUAA